UCCCUGACAACUCCGACCAGUAUCCAGCGAACAUUGCCGGCCAAAAAUGGGUUGCAGGACAUGCGAGACGCCCAAAGUGAAUUAUAGGAAAGGCUUGUGGUCUCCUGAAGAAGAUCAGAAACUGAGGGAUUACAUGCUUAAGCAUGGGCACAGCUGCUGGAGUGCAGUUCCUGUCAAGGCUGGUUUGCAACGAAAGGGAAAGAGUUGCAGAUUGAGGUGGAUCAAUUACUUGAGGCCUGGAUUAAAGAGGGGAUUUUUUUCUCAAGAGGAGGAAGAAACAAUAAUGAACCUUCAGGCCAAGUUGGGCAACAAGUGGUCACGGAUAGCCAUGCAUCUGCCUGGAAGAACAGAUAAUGAAGUGAAAAAUUAUUGGAAUUCCUACUUAAAGAAGAAAGUGAUAAAUGCUCAAGGAUCAGAUCCUCAUGGCUCUGCAACAAAAUCACCAGAUUCGACCAAUCAAAGCCAAGUGACUCAUGCAGAGACCAUUUACAAAAUUUCAAGUUCUGAAUCCAUAGAGCCUCCUGGAUCAUCUACGAGAGAUUUAAGUCCAUCCAUGAUGCAUCGAAUGGAAUUUGGCUCCUUCAAAGGGGCAAGCCAUCAGCACUUCCCUAAGGUUUUUGCAGAUUGGCUCUCUGUCGACCAAGUCAUUGAUCAGAGCUCAGGGAGCUUUGUUCAUGCAAACACUCCAUGGAACUCCAACAACUCAAAUAUUGAUGAGGUCCUUAAGCCAGGGUCUUCCCAAGUUGUUGCAGACUCUAAGAGUGAUCUUCUCAGUGGAUAUGGAGAUUCUGGUAUUUAUGGUGAGCUUCAAGCACAACUUGAACCUGCUAGUCAGACUCUAGGAGAUGAGUUCUUUGAUCUUUUAUCCCUGGGGGAGAUUUCAGUCAGUCUUGACACGAACCAUGAUGUGCUAUUUUGAUCCAUUAGUGCAAAGGAUAUGUACCUAUUAGUGUGUGUGAAUAAGUAUGCUAUUCUUCUGCUUCACAAGUUGUUCUUGGAGUGACAAUUGGAAUAAGUUCUCACUGAAAGACAGAAAUAAGAGCAUCAUGGCCUUAAUGGUGUAGUUGUUCCAUAGUUGGCCAGAAAAAUUACCAUGUA